ACGACACGAUGGAACACCAUUUUAGAGAUUUGUGACCAGCGUUGAUUAUCAUCUAGACAGAAGUAAUCUGUUAGAAUACACACUUUGAUUUUACACUUUUGAUUGACUUGAAUUAAUAUUUUAGAGAAGUGAUUCAGUACACUCAGUUCACUGAACAGAUAUGAAUCAUUCGCGAACUGUACACUAAAGCAUCAUUACGUUUACUGUGUCAGCUGUCAUGAUGGCGGAAUCGUAAGGGAGGGGGGGGUGUCUCGCACUUGGAUAUGCUUUAUGAUCCGUUUAAAUUGAGUUCAGUUAGGAAUGAAAAACGGAUCGAUUCUGUACUUUGAGUUGUGGGGGCGUUUCUUUGAGAAUAAUCGAGAAUGUUGGGGAUUUUGGCCAGGACGAUGUGUCCGUGCCGCAGGCUCUGACAAGUACACCACACUAUGUCCCAGGCAAAAGACCUAUGGCACAAGGUGAAACCUUGUGGGCACCUGGUGAGGCCUGUGGCACCCACACAACUCCCUGGGCGCUACCUGAGCCACCAGGAGGGCCUCCCGAAUCUCCCGGUGCCUCCACUCCAGCAGACGUGUGAGCGCUACCUGGCCGCUCUGGAGCCCAUCGUGAACGAGAAGGAACUGAGCCACACCAAGGAGCUGUUGGCGGAGUUCCAGGGGUCUGGGGGUGUUGGUGAGAGGCUGCAGAAGGGUCUGGAGAGAAGGGCUCACAAGACUCAGAACUGGCUUUCAGACUGGUGGCUGACUACUGCCUAUCUGGACUACCGGAUGCCUGUGGUCAUCCAUUCUAGUCCCGGUGUGGUCUUACCUCGCAUGGAGUUCAGUGACCGCCAGGGACAGAUGAGGUUUGCUGCCAAGCUGAUUGCUGGCAUUUUGGACUUCAAGACAAUGAUUGACAACGAGACUUUGCCAGUGGAGUACCUCGGGGGGAAACCACUGUGUAUGAACCAGUACUACCAGGUGCUGUCGUCGUGUCGCAUCCCUGGGCUGAAGAGAGACACGGUGGUCAACUACUCCCGUAGCUCCAGGCCGCCCACUCACAUUACCGUGGUGCACAAUUUCCAGUUCUUUGUGCUGGACGUGUACAACAGCGACGGAACCCCGCUAACGGUGGACCAGCUAUACAUACAGCUGGAGAAAAUCUGGAACUCCUCCCUGCAGAACAACAAGGAGCCUGUGGGCAUUCUCACCUCCAACCACCGCAACACCUGGGGCAAGGCCUACAGCAGCCUCAUCAGGGACAAGACCAACAAGAAGUCGGUGCAGUCCAUCCAGACGAGCAUCUUCACAGUGUGUCUGGAUGCUGCCAUGCCGCGUGUCUCUGAGGAGCUGUACCGCAGCCGGGCAGCCGUCCAGAUGCUUCACGGUGGGGGCAGUCGCUGGAACAGCGGCAACCGCUGGUUCGACAAGACCCUGCAGUUUAUCGUCGGCGAGGACGGGUCGUGUGGUGUUAUUUAUGAGCAUGCCCCUGCCGAAGGGCCGCCCAUCGUGUCCUUGAUCGACCACGUGGUCGAGUACACGAAGAAGUCUGAGAUUGUGCGUACCCCCAUGGUCCCCCUUCCGAUGCCCCGGAAACUACGAUUCAACAUCACGCCUGAGAUCAAGAAAGACAUAGACGAUGCCAAGCAGAACAUGAACAUAAUGGUACAUGACCUGGAUGUCAAAGUCAUUGUCUUUUCUCAUUUUGGCAAGAACGUCCCCAAGGCCCACAAAAUGAGCCCAGAUGCCUUCAUCCAGAUGGGGCUACAGCUAGCCUACUACAGGAUGUAUCUGCAGUGCUGUUCCACCUACGAGAGUGCCUCCCUGCGUAUGUUCAGGCUGGGUCGCACGGACACCAUACGCUCCUGUUCUGUUGACUCCGCUAACUUCGUCAAGGCCAUGGACGAUCCGGCCAAACCAAACGUAGAAAAAGUGAUCUUACUGGAGAAGGCUGUCAAGGCCCACAGGGCGUACACCGACAUGGCGAUCCGGGGCCAGGCCAUUGACCGACACCUCCUGGGGCUGAAGUUGCAGGCGAUCGAGGACCUGACCUCCCUGCCUGAGAUCUUUAUGGACACCUCGUAUGCUGUGGCCAACCACUACAACCUCUCCACAAGCCAGGUGCCAGCCCAGACAGACUGUGUGAUGUGCUUUGGGCCUGUGGUGCCUGACGGCUACGGCGUGUGCUACAACCCGAUGGCAGAACACAUCAACUUUGCCGUGUCGGCAUUCAACAGCUGCGACAAGACUAAUGCAGCCCGCAUGGCCCAGGGCCUGGAGAGUGCUCUGCUGGACAUGAGGAGUCUGCUGGAGAGCACGCCCAAGGCCAAGCUGUGAGAGGCCAAGGCCCGGGCCUUGUGAUGGCCUAUCCCGGGUUUCACACUAGGCCAGGUCAACGCAGAUCGCCUGAUACAGCUUAAGGCCAUUUGAGAUCCUGGUCCCAGGCCUGAAACACCAACAGAUUGCUUGCAUCAGACUUGGUCCACAUUAGGCUUUCACAGUCUGACACAAGACUACCAUUAUGCACCUCCGACCUGGAUCAGAACUGCUCGGGUUUUGUCUGUUGGCGCACCUGUUUUCAUUUGAAGUCAAAAACUUAGUGGUAAAAAAGGCAUCACUCACUGCCAUAUUUUCCUCUAAAAAGGGCAAAAAACAAAAAAGCUGUUUAACAAGAAAAGGGGUUAGUGUGGGAUGGGUAACCAGAUAGCAUGCUCUGCUGACAGCCUUAUAGGCAUGGUAUUUGGUCACCCAUUGCAAAUCAUUGCAGUCCCAUUUUUACCGUAGAUGGUUUGUUGUUUUUAAUGAUCAAAGGAUUUUAUUGAAUGUAAUAUUAAGGCUAUGAAAUGUAUUAUUGAUCAUAUGUUUUCAGGUUUACUUGUACAGAUUGAAUCAUAGUUUUGGUAUUUCAAUUAUCUUCAUGGGAGAGCCUGUUGUCUGGUUCCCAAUCUGUCUCCACAUUUCCCAUUGGACGGAACAGGGAACAGGUUAGCAAAAUAACAUAUUUAGAAGAAUUGAUCACUAAAGAGAAAUAUUAUUUUGAUUGUAUUUAAAUUCUGUAACACAAAAAAAGUAUGUACACUUUUGGAAGGAAUUUUAGCAAAAACAGAGCGUUAUGUUUGAUAGAGCAAUUGUGGAGGUUGGCUGUGGGAAUGUUCAUUGUAACACACUGUACUUUGUGCUUUAUAUGCUUUCUGUUAACAUCAAAAAUGUGUAAAUACAGUUGUUAGAAUUUUUUAAGCACUUCAAUAUGCUGAUGAUUAAACGGUAAACAUCAAGUU